GUAAGCCCACCUUUUUCUUCCUACUGUGUGUAUCUAUCGAUUCUUUGCUUCUGUGAAAAACAAAGAUAACUCUGCGCAAUUAUCUUCGUGUCAAGCUGAAGACAGAUGUAAGCUUGAAAUUGGGUGUGUAGAUUUGAAGGCAAAUUCCGAAGUGUUCCGAAGAAACCGGCGGUUAAGGUGUCGUCGAGGGUGAUGGCGUCCACGUCAGCAGCGCCGUCCAAUCCGGAUCGAACACACCCGUCUUCUUCUCCCACUCUACAUUCAUAUGCUGAUCAGCUUCACUCCGACCAAGGUCGCGGUUUGGGGUCAAUGAACAUGGAUGAAAUCAUCAAGAGUAUUUAUGCAGACUCUAAUACACUUGCUGACAGCUGCACCUCUUCCGGUGCUGCCAGUGGUAGCAAGACGGUGGAUGAGGUUUGGAGGGAGAUUGUGAGUGGAGGAGGAGGGAGUAGGGACCCGGAGAUGACAUUGGAGGAUUUUUUAACAAAGGCAGGGGCUGUAAGGGAGGAAGAUGUUAGGGUUCCGGCGAUUCUUCCCUCCCCUCCCGCUUCUGCAGAUGUUACGGGUGGGUUUACGGUGGACUCAAUGGUGAAUUCGUCGAAUUGUCAGUUUCCUGUGGUCAUGCAGAAUGGGCCCUGUGGAUUCGGUGUGGAGCCACCGCAUUUGGGGUUUGGAAAUGGCGUAAUGGCUAUGGGUGUCAACGGUGGCGCCAGAGGGAAGAGGAGGGCUACGGUGGAGGAGAUUCCCCUCGAUAAGGCUACUCAACAGAAGCAGAGGAGAAUGAUCAAGAAUAGAGAGUCUGCCGCUAGGUCCAGAGAACGAAAACAGGUUCAAAAACAAAUCUUUUCAGUUCCUAUAUGUCUUCAACCAAUUCAAAAAGAUUAUGUCUCAAAAUUCUCUAAUUCUGAAAGGAUUUCACAACAACAUUUUUCUAUUUCAAUUAAAACUGCAGGCUUACACUGUGGAAUUAGAGUCCCUGGUUGCACAAUUGGAGGAGGACAAUGCAAGGCUUUUGAAAGAAGAAGCAGAGCAGAAGAGUAAGAGACUUAAGCAGCUGAUGGAGAACCUAAUUCCAGUUGUGGAGAAGCGGAGACCACCCAAAGUUCUUCGGAGAGUCCGUUCCAUGAGCUGGUAAUGAGCUGGUACUGCGGGCUUAUGCCAAAUUUGCAAUUCAAACCGAAAACCAGUAACAAACACGCAGCCUAAACAGACGGUUAGAUCUCUCAAACGGAAUGUUUACGAACUCUCUAUCCGGAGGAUAUAUGAAGAUAACAUAAGUAAUGUAAUUAACAGCUUGCUGCAUAUUUUAGUAGUGUAAUUAUUGGUUAUCUGCAGAAUAGCUUCCGCACCAUUGGGGUGGCAGGGAAGAAUGGUUAGUGGUGGGUGAUCUUGCUUGUCUAGCUACAUGAUAAUUUCAUUUUUUAAUGUGUUGUGAAGGUGACUUGAAAUUAUUUAAUUGUCUUAUUUUGGGGUUUCAUCAUCCAAAUCAAUAAAAAAUUACAAGUACACACGCGCAGCUGUAUCUUCUGAAUCAGUAUGAAAGGUACAUAUAUACAUAUGUAUACAUAAAAAAGGAAUUAUUGGUCGAAAGUUAUGAGAUUUUGGCAUGAUGGAGACAGGUGUAUGGUGGAUUGAUGAGGCUGCAUAUAUGCCAAACGCAUUCAUGCAGGUGAGCCCUCCCUCCCUCUUCUAUACGACAUGACUGUUUAACCAACUUCUAAACCUACCUUUUAUUAUGUCAUUAUUGACCACACAUAAAAGAUGGAUAUGAGAGUUUAUCACUGCCAAAUUUGCUGGCUAACUUAUUCAUCAGCUCAUAAAUAUGAUCUGCUUGAUUUUAUUUAUUUACUUUCUUUUUAAAUCUCGUACUACUGACUGAAUGUCUUUGUGUUCUGACAAAAACAAAGAUGAAAAUCAGAAUCAGAAGUUAUGUUGCGGCAUGGAGAAUUGGUUCAUUAAUUGGUAUUUGACCGUUUGACAUUGAUUUUAGUGUAUGCAAGAGAGCAUAGACUAAACAUGUUUUAAAGAGUUGCUUAUAUGAUGUGGCUUGCCGUGAAUAAAAAAUUCAUUAUUUCCGAGCUAUUAUAUGAUGUGAUUCUGAAAUUUGUAAAGUAAUUAAAGAA